UGCAUUGGACCAUUGGUUUUCUUGAGUUGACGUUGACGUCUUGACGUCACGAAGUUAGUCAUAAACUCAUAAGUCAGUCUGUCGCAACGUAAAUACAUUCGUGUCGUAAACAUUGUUUGAGAAAAUAAUAUUAUAUUAGAGCCGUGGUGUUAAUACCAAUUACCAAAGUGUGUUAUUUUAAAACAGUGCAUUUAAAAUUUCAAAAUGCCUUGCGUGGUGAUUUUCGGAAAACAUUUUGCCACGGACCUGGAUUGCACGGAUGUGUUAUCGUUGAAACGUGAGAUUUCACAAAAACAUGGUGUUCCAGUAGAAGACUUGUUGGCAACGCUCAAUGGGAGGCUCGUGUCUGAUGAUUACGACAUCAGGACAUCCAACAAUGUGGUCCGGUUGUCUACUAAACUUGUUGGAGGGAAAGGUGGGUUCGGAUCUAUGUUACGUGCUAUUGGUGCACAAAUAGAGAAGACCACGAACCGUGAAGCUUGUAGAGAUCUCUCCGGGCGUCGCUUGCGUGACAUUAACGAAGAAAAAAGGCUAAGAAAGUGGCUGGAAGGCCAGGAAGAGAGGGAAAAAGAAGCUGCUGAACGAAAACAGAAAAAGCUUGAAAGACUUGUGGCAGAACCAAAAAUUGAAGUGAACUUAAACCCUACUUACGAGAAGGAGCGUCAAGACCUCCCAGAGCGUGUGAGCUCUGCAGUGGAGGCUGGGUGGCAGGCAGCAGGCUCCUCAAAUACUUUGAAAAGGAAGUCUAACAGUGACAAGGCCAAACCAAAGAAAGCCAAGCUUUGGAUUGAUGCAGAGUUGUCUGACUGCUCAUCUCUGAGUGAGGAUGAGGAGGAGGAAGAGAAAACUUCAAGUCCUGGUCAGCAAGUGUCCACAGACAGUGGCAAUGAGUCUGACAAGGCAUCCACAAGUAGUAAAUAACAGAAAAUGUGUGUAAAUGACUGUGCCUGUGUAAUCUGUGGCAAUGGUCAACAGUGCAUUUAAUUUUACAUGAAAAUGUGUCUUUUUUUGUGGGAAAUUAUUUAUACUGUAAAUGAUAUCUUAGUUUAGUGCAUUUCCUACUUGCAACAUGUUUUAAAUUGCAGGUUAUGAUUUUAAAUUAUCUAUAUUAUAUAGAUUAGAAUCAGGCGAUACUUUGCAUAAAUCCAUGCUACACAAAUAAUGGCCUACAUGCAUAUUACCUUUUGCAGCAUGCAGUAUGCAGCACUAUUCUAUCACCUGCAAAUAAGUGCUCAUAGAGAAGAUAAUUGACAUAAAACACACUUACUUGCCCCCGCACUUGCCGCAGAGUCAACAUUUCCUGAGAAUGUGAAACAAAGUAUGUUGAGUGUGGUUCGAGUGGUUUGUUGCAAGCCAUGUGUUGUGUCACAUCUCUGCUGUAUGAGCAUUUAUUUGCAGGCGGGAAGACACUGCUGCAUACUGCGUGCUGCGAAUUCAUUCCUACUGAGGAAUCAAAACUAAAUAUUUACUCAGGUGGAAUUAUAUAAGAACCUGUGUAAAAUAUUUGUAAUGUUCAGUCUUUUAAAUAUAAAGUUCAAUUUACAUUGUAAUACUGUUUGAUAUUUUUCGUAAUUAUUAAGCUGUCUCUUACUUUUGUAACAAAAUGGAAUUGAUGGAAUCAUAACCAUUUUUUGAACCUAAAUUAGUGUUGUAUAGUAGAAUAUUGUAAUAUUACAACUUAAAAGUGUUAAUUAAGUCGGUUUUGUUAUUUUAUUUACUUCAUGUAAAUUCUUAAGAUAAAGAUACAUAAUUUGAUUUGCAAAACUAUGUACAUAUUAUUUUUUUUUUGUAAAUAUAUUAUUA